CGGUUGUGGCGCGCCGCUCCGCGCCGUCAUGGUGGCCCCGGUGUACGGCUCCCCGGGCGGCCGCCUGGCCCGGGCGCUGACGCAGGCGCUGGCGCUGGCUCUGGUGCUGGCCCUGCUGGUCGGGCUGUUCCUGAGCGGCCUGACGGGCGCUAUUUCGCCUGCGGGGCACCGCUGGGGGCCCGACGGGCCGUCGCCGCCCGCCUCCCGCAGCCGCUCGGUUCUCCUGGACACCGCGACCGGGCAGCUGCGCCUGGUGGACGGCCGCCACCCUGACGCGGUGGCUUGGGCCAACCUUACCAACGCCAUCCGCGAGACCGGGUGGGCCUUUCUGGAGCUGGGCACAAGUGGCUGCUAUAAUGACAGCCUGCAGGCCUACGCGGCUGGCAUCGUGGAGGCUGCCGUGUCUGAGGAGCUCAUCUACAUGCACUGGAUGAACACGGUGGUAAAUUACUGUGGCCCCUUCAAGUACGAAGCUGGUUACUGUGAGAAGCUCAAGAGCUUCCUGGAAGCCAACCUGGAGUGGAUGCAGGAGGAGAUGGAUUUGAACAGGGACUCUGCUUACUGGCACCAGGUACGGCUGACCCUCCUGCAGCUGAAAGGCCUGGAGGACAGCUACGGAGGCCGCAUGACCUUCCCAACUGGGAAGUUCAUCAUCAAACCCUUGGGGUUUCUUCUCUUACAGCUCUCUGGGGACCUGGAAGACCUGGAGCCAGCUCUGAAUAAGACCAAGACCAAGCGUGCCCUGGGCUCGGGUUCCUGCUCCGCCCUCAUCAAGCUGCUACCUGGCCAACGUGACCUGCUUGUCGCCCACAACACCUGGAACUCCUACCAGCACAUGCUGCGCAUUGUCAAGAAGUACUCGUUCCACUUCCACGAAGGCCCCCAAGAGAACUCUCUGCUGGCUCCCGGCAACAAUCUGGUCUUCUCGUCCUACCCCGGCACCAUCUUCUCCUGUGAUGACUUCUACGUGCUGAGCAGCGGGCUGGUGACGCUGGAGACCACCAUUGGCAACAACAACCCGGCCCUGUGGAAGUACGUGCAACCUGAGGGCAGUGUGCUGGAGUGGGUGCGCAACAUCGUGGCCAACCGCUUGGCCUCGGAUGGGGCCACCUGGGCCAAUAUCUUCAAGAAGUUCAACAGUGGCACGUACAACAACCAGUGGAUGAUCGUGGACUACAAGGCGUUUGUCCCCAGCAAGCCCAGCCCUGGGAGCAAGGUGCUCACCAUCCUGGAGCAGAUCCCGGGCAUGGUGGUGGUGGCCGACAAGACCUCCGAACUCUACCGGAACACCUACUGGGCCAGCUACAACCUACCGUCCUUUGAGACUGUCUUCAAUGCCAGUGGGCUGCAGGCCCUGGUGGCCCGGUACGGAGCCUGGUUCUCCUACGAUGGGAGUCCGCGGGCGCAGAUCUUCCGUCGGAACCAGUCCCUGGUGCAUGACAUGGACUCCAUGAUCCGGCUUAUGCGGUACAAUGACUUCCUUCACGACCCGCUGUCAUUGUGCAGUGCCUGCACCCCCCAGCCCAACGCGGAGAAUGCCAUCUCGGCCCGCUCUGACCUCAACCCCGCCAACGGCUCCUACCCUUUCCAGGCCCUGCACCAGCGCUCCCACGGGGGCAUCGACGUGAAGGUGACCAGCUCAGCCAUGGCCAAGGCCCUGCGCCUUCUAGCAGUCAGCGGCCCCACGUGGGACCAGCUGCCCCCGUUCCAGUGGAGCACCUCGCCUUUCCACAGCCUGCUGCACAUGGGCCAGCCCGACCUCUGGAAGUUCUUGCCCGUCGAGGUCUGGUGGGACUGA